AUGGCUACGGCGAGCAAGGAUCCUACGACCAAGCCCAGCGCUCUGCGCUCCAUCAUUGCGGGCUCCACUGCUGGAGCCGUGGAGAUCGCAAUUACCUAUCCAGCUGAGUUUGCGAAAACCCGGACACAACUCAACCGCCGACUUGCGGAGGGCCAGAAACUCCCAUUCCCACCAUUCGGCAAGCAGUGGUACGCUGGAUGUACCACGUUGAUUAUUGGAAACUCGUUGAAGGCUGGAAUUCGCUUCGUUGCGUUCGACGCUAUCAAGGCAUCUCUCCAGGAUGAGAACGGCAAGAUUUCGGGCCCGAGGACGGUCGUGGCUGGAUUCGGUGCGGGCUUCACCGAGUCUCUUCUCGCGGUGACUCCCUUUGAGAGUAUCAAGACUCAAUUGAUUGACGACCGGAAGGCUGCCAAGCCACGCAUGAAUGGAUUCAUUCACGGUAGCAAAAUUAUCUGGCAGGAACGCGGAAUUCGGGGCUUCUUCCAGGGCUUUGUUCCUACUACUGCUCGACAGGCCGCCAACUCGGCUACUCGUUUCACCAGUUAUACUACUAUCAAGCAGUUCGCCGAGGGCUAUGUGGCUCCCGGGGAGAAGCUCGGGACACUCGCCACCUUUGGUAUUGGUGGAUUGGCGGGUAUUAUCACGGUUUAUGUGACCCAGCCUCUCGACACGGUGAAGACGAGAAUGCAAUCACUUGAAGCCAGCAAGAACUACAAGAACAGCUUUGUCUGCGCCGCCAGAAUCUUCAAGGAUGAGGGCAUCUUGACUUUCUGGUCCGGAGCCAUGCCCAGACUGGCCCGAUUGAUCCUGAGUGGUGGAAUUGUGUUUACCAUGUACGAAAAAUCUAUGGAGUUGAUGGAUCUCGCAGAUCCCGAGCGCAAGUACCUUUAA